CCAAAAAAAAUAAACGUGAACGUUCUUAAUGUUUUUAUUUCAUAAUGAAAAUUGUUACGUGGAAUGUUAAUGGCAUUAGGUCUAUGAAGAAAACCAUACCCUGUGUUCUCGAAGAACUCGAAAGUGAUGUUACAUGUUUCCAAGAAACAAAGAUUACUCGGAGCAUGCUGCCAGAAACUAUCGCUUUAAUUGACGGCUAUACUUCUUACUUCAGUUACCCUCGAAAGCAAAGUGGCUACUCUGGAGUAGCUUCAUAUUGCACAGACAGAUAUGUUCCUCAAGAUGCUGAAGAAGGACUCUCUGGUGUUCUUGAUGGGAGAAAUGAAAAUCAUCCUUCAGAAUUUCUCACAGACUUUGAAGAAUCUUCUUUUACUUUCAUGGACUUGGAUUCUGAAGGAAGAAUUAUUAUUACUUAUCAUCUGAUAAAAUUUGAUGAUGAAAUCAGGAAAUUGGCUGUGAUAAAUGUCUAUUGCCCAAGAGUUGAUUGUGAAAAGCCGGAGAGGCAUUUAUACAAAAUGCAGUUCUGUCGACUUCUGGAAGCUAAAGCUCUUGACCUAUGUCAAAAGAAUUGCUUUGUUGUGAUUGUUGGAGACAUGAAUAUUUCUUACUCUGUCCUUGAUCAUUGUGAACCUGGUGAUGAGAAUGAGUUCAAUUCUCAUGAAGCAAGACAAUGGUUAAGGUUGUUUCUAUCUACUACUAAUGGUUUGGAUGAUGAUAUUGGUUUCGUUGAUGCAUUCCGCCACUUCUAUCCAGACAAAAAAGAAGCUUACACUUGUUGGAGUCUGCGAACAGGAGCAAGAUCAACCAAUUAUGGUGUCCGCAUCGAUUACAUAUUAAUCAGCAGCCAAUUAGUGCCACUUCUGCUCAGCUGUGAAAUAUUGUCCGAUUACCAUGGAUCGGAUCACUGCCCAGUAAGAGCAGAGUUUAGAUGUGAUCCAGUGUCUGUAGAUAAAUUGAAACUCCCAUCCAUAUGUACAAGGCUCUGGCCAGAAUUUUCAGGGAAACAACAAAAAUUGCAAUUUUUCUUGCAAAAAGGCCAGUCUUCGUCCAGUGAUAUAAAAACACAAAGCUCACAACCUUCAACUAUCAAUAAAAACAAUCAGAAAAAGAAAAACAAUCAAAAAUCUAUUUAUAGUUUCUUUAAAAAGGACACACCAAGCUCAAAUAACAAUUCUGAGACACGAGUAACAGAAGCAAAAAUAGAAAACAAUGAGGAAUAUAACCAUUCCAGUGAAGUAAAAAAUGCCAUUUCAAAUGAUCAUGACAUCACUGAGCCACCAUCAAAAACUUUAAGAUUAGAUGACCUGGAAUCAGAGGAGACUAGUUCUCAAAAGUCAAGCCAAGCUUCAGAGUGGAAGUCUGUUUUGCGUGGGCCACCCAAACCGCCCAUGUGUACUGGCCAUAAAAAACCUUCUGUUCUAAGAACAGUAAAAAAGAAAGGUCCUAAUUAUGGGAGACAGUUUUUCAUGUGUGCCCAACCACCUGGUCAUUCCUCCAAUCCAGAUGCAAGUUGUAACUUUUUUAAAUGGGCUUCAGCUGCUAAGGUUAAUGUGCUGAAAUCUUCAUAGCAUUAAACAUUUUAUAGUUUUGUCUUUUGUAUGUACCAAUUCAUAGAAUCUUAUAAUCAAACAAUAUUAAUCUGUAUUUAAGUUUAAUUUUUUAAUGUUUUUUUACAUUAAAAAAAAACUUUUUUUGAAAAUGAAUAUUUUUGUAAGAAUGCAAAUGAUUUAAAGAAAAAUGUCGUUAUAUGCAGGGUGUCCAAGCACCUGGAAAGUCAUGGAUUUCAGAUAUAAUCAAAAUUUCUCAUUGAAAGAUUUAAUUUUCAGCCAAAAAUGCAUAAAAAUCAUGGAUUCGAUCGGUCAUGGGUUUGAGUCUUAAAACCCAUAAAAUUACUAAAUUUUACCGAUUGGAUAUAAAAUUUAUGCAUUUUAGCUAUUUUUUACUUUCAUAUGUCAGCCCUGAUUUUUUUUUUUGAAUUUUGAAAUCCAUUUGCAUCUGCUUCUACAAAACUUGCUCAAUUUUGUUUUCUGUGUUAUUCUAAGACUUGAAUAUUAAUAUUUUUGUGUUCACCGUUAUUUAUAACCAUUCUUAUAUUUUAUGUUGUGUAAUUAAGGAUUUGCACACUUAUCGUUUUUUUCCGCGCCCACUGUAAAAUCCAAGUUUAC